UCCUCACAGCAUUGUAUUCUCACAGACUGGCAUUAUGGCUAAUUCAGUAAAAACCUUUGUGUUCAUGGACCUGGAAGCCACUGGCAUAAAUUACCAGCAUCCCAAGAUAACUGAGAUCUGCAUGGUGGCCUGUCAUGUCUCCUCCUUGGAGAAUCCAGACUUUGAUGAAUCCGGAAAACCAAAACUUCCUCGGGUUCUAGACAAGCUAUGUCUAUGUGUUGAUCCAACAAAGCCAUUGGCUGAAGAAGCUGCACAUAUCACGGGUCUCAAUAAUAAAAUGCUUGAGGACAACGAGAAGCAAGAAUUCAACUCUCAUCUCAUUUCCCUCGUCAAUGAAUUUUUGAAUCGUCAAGCUCAGCCAGUUUGCCUUGUAGCACACAAUGGCUUUUUCUACGAUUUCCCUCUUCUGAAAACAGAGCUAGAACAACAACAGGAUGAUAUCUCCAGCGCGUUGCCAUGUCUGGACACUCUCCCAGUGUUCAAACAGCUGGACAAGGCGAACCAUGAUGAUCAUAAAAAAGGGAAAGGCUAUUAUUCGCUUUCAGGGCUCUAUAGACGUGCCUAUGGAAAGGAUCCGAUAGAUUCUCAUUAUGCCGAGGGAGAUGUAUUGACUCUCAUUAUGGUCUUCCUAUCAAAAGCAAACGAGAUACUGGACCAUGUCUCCACCUAUUCUAAGAAAUGGGGAGAUAUUCCUCCUAUGUAUAGCUAACCAUCCAAGCAUUCUCUUUCAGGGAUGGACAAAAGGUGAAUCCCUAUCUGUAGGUAGUUGUAGUUCUAAAACAGCUAGGGGUCCAACUUUUGGCAACCGCUUUUCCAGUUGUGUAAAGGAUAUUCUAAGCACCACAACAACAUAUGCCCAUGGCACAAAUUAAGGUACAAUUACCCCAUCCCUGCUUCCUGCACUUAGUUACUUAUAACUGUAGCAUUUUCCAAAACUUAAACCUAUAAGCUGGUGGAAUCAGUGGUAUGACUGCUGUGAGGUUUUUCAGCAGAGGUUUCUACCACAUAUCCCAUACAUUUGUGUAGUACAGGAGUGUAUGGGAUAAGAUAAUUCACCUGAGAGCAUCCUGAUUGGUGGAAUCUCUUCCUGGUCUUGAAAUGGUUAUCUGUUGCUCCGGCUUACCUGUGUGAAUACAGCAAAUGCAAGAAUUCCGAAAAAUAUUUUUCUAUUAUUAUUUUUGAAUGCAUUACACAUUAUGUGUAUAAUGUAUUAAAAUGAGAAAUAGAGAUUACCUGUAGCUCCUAUUAUUCCUUUGAGUAAUGAUUGUCCCAUUUAAUUUUUGUCCUUUUCUCUUUGUUAAUAGCAGAGAUCGGCAGAGAUCACUGGGGCGAGCUAACGCCGUAUUUUCAGUGUCAG